AUGUCCCUGGACCUACGAAAUUCAAUAAACGACAGCAAGAAACGGCUAAGUUGGCUGGUUCGACAAGUUCGCCAGCUUGACCCGUUCGAGGCAACGUCGGACGCAGCCGUCAAAUCUGCAUCCUACGCUGACAUCACCGCUCGCAGAGCUGGCGCCGCGCCUCCGACCGGGAGCACACAACCCGGCGCACAGUCUUCGCAGCAGCAGCAGCCAGUGCAGGAGCGAAUUCACCAGCAUCUCGGUGAAAUUUAUGAAGAAAACACCACCACACGCAUUGCCUCGCGCCGGCAGACGGAGCAGGAGGUAAAAGAGGCACCAGCAGCAGACUUGGCCGCGUGCCAGCCCGAUUCGCCAGCGCUACUGCAGCAGAAAAAUAAAGAUGACGCGCGUGAGCAUCACGUAGUUGAGAGCAGAAUAGAAGAGGAGACUCGUCUUUCUCCGAUGGCUACCGCCCCGAGCGGCUGCGGUCCCUCGUAUGCCGACGUGCUCCGCGGCCAACAGGCCCAGCAGCAGAGUGGCCUCGAGGAGCCGCGGCCGCCAGUCCUCCAGGUGAGGACACCUUGUGCCGUGCGAAAGGAAGAGGACGAGGAGGAGCCGAGGGUCGAGGAGGAGAAAGAUGUCGCCGCCGAACAUUCCGAACGAGAGCACGUGGAGCCGGUCACGUUUGUGGAGAUUGAAAAUACUGCGGCGCCUAGCUCACCACAGGAUGCGGAAGCGCCGUCGAAAGGUGAGACCUACGCGCAAGUGCUUCUUAGGGGCGCCCGAAGGUUGCUCCACCCUGCACACAACAAGGCCCUGAUCACGCGCUCCAGUGAGAAUUUGGAGAGGAAGGGUGGCUUUUUUGGGUCACAGGUGCUCGAGAGGAAGGAUGUGCAUCGCAGUUCACCCAUGCUGGCACCCAGGGCAGACAGGAGUUACGAACGCAGCGUCAGUCCAUUUACCAAACGUGUCGGCAGGGCUAAAUUUGAGCAAAAAGACAACGAUGCCAGCAAACAAUGGAAGAGCACCGAGGCCCUGAGAAAGGAGAGGAGCAUCAGCCCGUUCACCAGGGUCGUCUACAAAGGCAGGUUGCAUAAAAAUAACUUUGAAGAAAAGUGGAAAAGCACGGAAGUGCUCUCAGUAGCGAAGAGCUGCGAUAAGGAUGUCGAAGAGGUACACAAACCAGAAAAGGCCGAUGUUUCUGAAAGUUCUACACUGGAGAAAAAAUUUGAGCACAAUUUAGGCGCUGUACAAAAGCCAGAGCCGAAUGCGAAAGCACGUAAAAAAUUGAAAAAGAGCAAAAUUGAAGACAAGCCCUCAUUGAUCCCGGCGCCAGUGUUUGUUGCGACCCCAGUCGAAAGCGAGCCGGCGAAAACACGCGAAGAGCCAGCCAAAGAAAUUAUUGGCACAGACGACUCUCAAUCGAAAUCCGCCAUUCCUGUUCCUACUAAACGAACGAAACAAAAGGCCAAGUUGAAAAAAGCAAAGAGCGAGGAAAAUGCCAGCGUCUCGCAACACCAGGUAACCGUUUCAAUCACGCAGAGCGAGCACCUGGAAGAGAGCAUGCCCUCCGAAGGCCCGAUUCCCACCUUUCUGGUGGGCGAGGAGAGUGCUGUGCCGCAAGAGUACGAAACUGCACUUAGCAGUCUUAGUGUGCUCACACCACAAGAAGAUAAGGGGGCUUCGAGUACAGUUGAUACCGACCCCAAUCAUAUUUCAACACGAAUUAUUACUCACUCAAACCUGUACAUCAACGAUGAGAAGAAAACUUACUACUCUAUCGAGACGGAGGUGAUCCACAAGACGUACGAUCUGGCCAAUCCUCUGCAGACGUCCGAAGAUGCAACCUCUCAGAGCGUAGCAAUUGAGCAGCCGUUUGAGAAUAAAACUGAACCAGAGCAGACACUCGAGGAAAUACUAACGGAGUCUUCGGAAAAUGUCCCACUACAACUCCUUUUGCAAUUGGAGAGCGCCAGCAUUGAAAAGAUCCCUCCAGCACUAAAAGCUGAAGAAACGCCGGCCCUGUUGAUAUCGCAUUGCCCCCGUUUGAGUGAGAUUUCAAACGAGAGCGAAGUGCUGAACGAACUAGGCCAAGGUGAACAAACUGCCGUGCCAGAGAAUGUGACUGUCACCACUGAGGCUGAAUUAGCAAGUGCGAAGAGCACACAGUCUAAGGACCAAAUCCAAAACUUGCCGCAAAUUUCAAAUCCUGAAACACUUUCGGGUCAGGUGUUGGAAAUCUACCCUGAGAAAGUAACUGAGGAAUUUUUAGAAGUGAAAUUUGAGCUUGAGACACCUACAGUGGAGACGACAGUAGUUUCUGAGGUAGAGCAAACUGCAGCUUUGCCUUUUGAAAUCAUCACAGUGGAAAAAACUACCUUAGACACCACUUUUGUCGAGGCCCCUGUGUUGGAGACGACAAUCGCUUCACAAUUCGAGCAAACCGCAGUGCUACCGAUGGAUAACACUCAAGUUGAACCAAGCACAAUAAUUCCUACAAAUGUCGAGGCACCUGUGUUAGAGACGACAGUUGUUUCUGGAUUGGAGCAAACUAUGAUUUUGCCUGUGGAAAAAAUUGAACACGAACAGAUCACCUUGAAAACUACCAGCGUCGAGGCACCUGUGUUGGAGACGACUGUUGUUUCCGGAUUGGAGCAAACUGCAGAAUUACCUUUGGAAAGCAUAGUAGAAGAGGGAAAAGCUACAGUAAUUCAAACCUAUGUCGAUGCGCCAGUGGUGACAACAAUUAUUCCAGAACUGGAUCAAACAGUGGAUAUACCAUUGGAAAUCAUUGCAACGGACCAAAUCACCUUAAGUCCUACUCAUGUCGAGGCACCUAUUUUGGAGACUACUAUUGUUUCAAAAUUGGAACAAAUUACAGAGCUGACUUUGGAAAACAUUGAGGUGGAGCAAUCCACACUUACUCUUACUCCAGUUGAGACGCCAUCGGUCGAGACAACAAUUGUUUCAGAAUUGGAACAAACAGUGGAUAUACCAUUGGAAAGCAUUGCAACAGAACAAAUAACCUUAGACCCUUCUCACAUCGAGGCACCUGUUUUAGAGACGACAGUUGUUUCUGGAUUGGAGCAAGCUAUUAUUUUACCUUUGCAAAAUAUUGGACAGGAACAAAUCACCUUGGAAACCACAAGUGUCGAGACUCUUGUGUUGGAGACAACAGUCAUUUCUGGAUUGGAGCAAACUGCAGAGUUGCCUUCGGAAAGCAUGGAAGCGAAACAAGCCACGAUAAUUCCAACACAUGUUGAUGCACCAGUGGUAGAUACAGCAAUUACUUCAGAAUUGCAUCAAAAUGUGGAUUUACCUUCGGAAGUCAAUGCAACGGAACAAAUCACCUUAAGUCCUACUCAUGUCGAGGCACCUGUGUUGGAGACUACUAUUGUUUCAAAACUGGAACAAAUUACAGAGUCGACUUUGGAAAACGCAGAGGUGGAGCAAUCCACCCUUACUCUUACUCCAGUUGAGACGCCAUCGGUCGAGACAACAAUUGUUUCGCAGUUUGAACAAACUGUAGUUCUACCAAUGGAAAAAUCUGCAGUGGAAAAAAUCACCCUAGUUCCAAUUCUAGUUGAGCAGCCAACUGAGGAUGAAAUAAAUAUUCAAGUCGUGUUUUCAGAUCAGAACAAAGAUGGAAAGCAAGUAGCAUUGGAACAAGAAUGUCAUAUUGAGGAAAAGAGUUCAUUCAGUGACUCAACUGCUCAGCAGGCACCUGACUCUCUCAAAACUCAGGAUGAAGAAAAGGCUAGUGCACUUACCAUCCCUCUCUUUAAGGAUGUGGAGGAAAAACCACAAAGAGCUGACGGAAAACCUGCCACUCAUCUAGCUCAAGAAAAUGAUAGCAAUUUGGAAAGGGAAAUUACAGCUGAAAAUGAGCAACAACCUGAAGAAGGGGAAAAAAUAGAAGUACACGAAAUGGAAAAAUUGCAGAGCAUAACUAGCGACGGUAUAAAAUCCCCUGAAAACUUGCAAUCGUUUGAAGUGUGCAAUCCAAAAUCUGAAACAGUGGACACGAGGCAUACUUCUGGAAUUAAAAAACUGGAAAGUGUGACUUCCAAAUCGAAAGAAGACACAAAGGAACAGAGUGAGUUAACAAGCAUCCAUCACUCAGCGGGAAAAACUGUGCAGAAAACAGUCAAAUCCAAAAAUAAAAAAGCUGUGGCGAGUGCAUCAAGUGAAAAUGAUAAUUUGCUUCAAGAAACACAUAGUGAAAAUAUUCAGCCAACGCAUCAGCUCAAGAGCAAAGUGAUUCCAUCGUUUUGGCUCAGUUAUUACCUAUAUAGGGACGCUGAAAAUGAGUUUGCGCGCCAGUCUUUGCCAAUUACUGAAACUGUUGACAAAAAAGAAACAGACAAAGCACCACAAUUGUUAGAAAGCAAACCGCAAUAUGAUUACGGCUCAUCUGUCUCGAAAUCACCAGACACAGACAUAACUAGUUCAACGAGUGGAGAUAUCGCGAGUGCUAAGGAAAAUACUGUUGCUCGAGAGGACCUCAGUUCUUCAAAGCAAACAGUGACUCCUUUACUUGACGAAAAAUUGGCCUGGGAAAAUUACCAUUUGACGCGCAAUGCUGAGAUUGCAUUCAACGCGCUAAAAACCACCGCGAUUACAAAGGACAAUCCAAAAAUACUAGAGCAGAAGGCAGUUGCUGCUACAUUUGAGCAAUGUGAGGAACCAGAAGUGCCUCAAGUGCGUGUCGUUGACGCAUUUUGGUACAAUUACAGUUCCUGUCAUGAUGCAGAGCGCAAUUGGCAUGUUUCACGAGCAACUUCCAAUCAAAUUUCUCCUGCAGCAGUUGACUUGGAUUUGCACCGAAAACGAGAAAUAGACACAUCUACUAUUCCAAAAAUGACAUACGCUGAUAAAUUGACCUCCGGUGCGCGAAGUAAUGUUGAACCUGUGACAGAUGAAAAACAAAUCGAAACUGCUCGCACACCAAACAUCGAAGCUCUCGAUGUAUUAGAAUCAGGUCAAGAUACUCAGAAACAAGAGAUGCCGUGGAAGGCAGAAUUCUGGCUAAAUCAAGUCCAAGACCUAGAAAAAUGUGGUGUGCCAAAUGCAGAGGCGACGAUUAAAGGAGAAAACACAAUCCCUGAGAAGGUUGAGCACGUUUCUAUGGCCGUCACUCCAGACUCCCAUGAGACCGUCCUGGAAGAAUUUUCACCAACUCAAAAAGAAUUCUGGGAGCGUCAUCCAAAUACAGCCGAUUUCAAAGAAAAUGAAACGAUCAAGGUCGAAAGUGUCUCUGUUGAGCAGAAGAGAGAAUGUUUGGCAGUGGAGCAAAAGGCUAUUUUAGGCGCACCACAUGAUGCUGUAUUAUUGAAAAAAGGUGAAACGCAUCUUCAAACCGAGCUAGGAAAGGAAAUCGCUAUAACAGAAGGUGAGAAAGAGGUGGAAAAAUCUUCGCCUUUCAAAGCAGCAUUUUGGGAAAACUACUCGUCUUGCCGCGAUGCUGAAUUGCGAGCAUCACUGUCUUCUUCCUCGAAAGAGAGCGAACCGACACAUCAACAAAUAGAACAAGCUAUCACUGAAGAAAUUGCACCACCAAUUGAGGUAAAGAUCCCAACACCAAGCGUUGAAACGCUGGAAAAAUUAACACUGCCAGCUGAAAUUGCACCGCUAGAGAGGACCAAGGCCUGCAAAAUUCAAUUUUGGGAAGACUACCAUUUGUGUCGAGAUGCAGAACUCGAGUACAACAUUCCAAACAAAUCGGAAACGAAGGAGGAGAAGGAAUCAGUUUCAAGUCCGCAGGAGCCACCCGUCAGCUCAAAUUUGCUUGAAAAAACUGGCAAAACUGAAAAGACGGCAGCGGAGAGCGUAUCGCGAAGCACGGAGGCGGCCAAGGCGGCGGCCCCGUGUGAGUCUGUGGCAGAAAUUAACCCACAAGUUAGUGCCAAAACAACAGCUCAGCGCCUUGACUUGUUCGCUGGUACGUUCGAUUAUGACCUAAUUGCGCUUGAGAGCGCCGAAAGAGAGUAUGAAGAACGAAAAUCCGGGGCUAAAAUUAGCGUUGACUACAAGCAAGCUCCAGCAGAGAAAAAAGUGGAGCAGCAAUCCCAAAUACCUUCUGCUGCUGUCGAGGAGCUGGACGAAAGAAUCAAAACUGCAAGUGUCCCCGAGUCCCUUUCAGAACGAGAAGCGCCUUCCCCUGGAAAAGAGAAAAGGCUUUCCAACAGCCAGGAAAUUGAGAAUCUCUUUGAUGAGCUGGCUAGCCUCGUGAGCAAAUAUGAGCAUGAUGUGAAAAAUCUUCCUAAAGAGGAACUCAAACUGUCGAUUAACUCACUUGAGGGUCUUCUGGAUGAGUUCAUGAGGUGGGAAAGGAAAGUGAACGAUGUCCUCGCAGAUAUAAAUUCGCACGAUCCUGAGGAGGCCCCAGAGGACUUGGCUAAUUUGCAGGAGACUGUGCUGGCGCUAUUGUCUUCCGCAGCGCAAGGCAAAAAUGCUCUACUCGAAAUGCUCGCAGCUGCUUCUAGAAAAUCGCCUGCAGAGAGUGUUGAAGUUCAACCAACCGAACAGGUAAUGCCGGUUGAAACUGAAACAAAAGUAGCAGAGCCUAAAGUGAAAGAAAUUACCGUGCAAGCCGUGUUGCAAGAAAAAAGCGAGCACUCUACGCCUGAAAUACCGAUGGCUGAAGAGGCAAGUGUAUCUGAAAUUUCAUCAGAGCCGCCUUCCCUCGCAGAGACAACAUCGCCAGAAAUCUCCAUCCACAUGUCUACAGAUGCUGAUGCUCAAGUUCACCUCGAGGUCGCUGUUGUAGAGGAGACGGCCAGAACGGAUAGCAAAGGAAAGUCUAAGAGGAAGAAAAAGGGCAAAAAGGGAAAAGAAGACAAACAAGAGGCAUCUACAAGCAAUGCAUUUGCAUCUGUUCCUCAGGAACUAGCAGAAAAAGAUGAAAAGGAAAGUGCAACUGAAAAAUUGCCGUUUAAACUUGAGAGUGGCUUCACUCCUCCACCUGAGGUACAGUCAGUUGACACGACACCUUGUCAGGAAACUGUCACAGUCACUCAAGACACGCAGCCGUUGGAGAGUGUCAGUUUAGAAGAAAUGGAUGAGUUUGUGCAACAAGCAGCGACCACAUUGACAACAGAGCCCAGCGAGAUAUUAAAAACCGCAACUAAAACUACGAUAUUGACGCAAAACACGCAGGUCUCUACCGUCACGCGGAGCGUGUUCACUGGCGACAAGCCAGUAUCGGAGCCCGAAGUCUGCCAAGUCGUGUCACACACCAGUGUAGUCGGCGAGGAGGAGAGACUACAGACAGACGCGGAUGGAAAAACUGAAGUUAGAGUCAGGCAGAAAAUAAUGACGUCCACCUCAGCUCCAGAACAGUUGCAGGGCAACUCUUCCGUUGUGAUACAGGAGAUUUCAGAUGCUCCGCUUGAACUGGCGAAUCUGGCCGAGAGUUAUGAGCCAACAUCUGUGUCAAGUAUCCGCACAGUCUUGCAGCAAACCUCAAGAAGAAUCAUCAAAAGGGUGAAAAGAAUAAUCAGAAAAAGGGUAAUCAUUGACGGAAUAGUGCAAGAAAUCGAGGAGGUUAUCGAGGAACCGGAAGAAACUGAGCUGGUUGAAUCGAGUGUUCCUCAAUUAAGCAUCCAGUACACGGAAGAGCAACUUGCUUCAGGAGAAAGAAAGGUUGAUACAUCACCGGAGCAACAAGAGGUUUCUACCCAAGACGAAACUGUGGAUUCCAGCUUGGCAAGGUCAGUGUCCGUUCCACUAAGUGAGGACACAGAAAAGUCUUCUCUUGAGAUAACUCCCCAAGAUUCCGAAGAACAACAUUCUUCUUCCACUGGCGCAGUUCCAAAAAUUCAGCGUAAAAAGAGGAAGGGACGAAAAGGCAAAGAAAAAACUCCGAGCGAGAGCCAACCCACUUCGAAAGUCUCCACGGACAUUAUCGAGGAAGAUACUACACCUAAUACUCCAGUUGACCUAGAACUUGACAAAUCUGAAUCAGAACAACCUUCGACGGUGGCAGAAUCUCUCGAGAUUUCAACACAAGAGCGCAAAGAAGAGAGCAAAGCUCCCUCUGUUAGAAUCAAAAUAAGUGAUGGCUCGCCAAAGGUCGAGCUAGAAAUUUGUACUAACCUUUUGCAAGAUCAAGCUUCCACUGAGAGUGAUGUUCAAAUAAAGUGCUCGAUUGAAGAGGAAGAGCAGACCUCGUCUGUAACCCAUACCGAAGAAUUGGAGCCUGCUCAGUCAAAGUCCAAAAAGGGCAAAAAAGGCAAAGGAAAAGUACUUGUAAAGAGCAUCACAUCCAGUGUCACAAUUUCAAAUGGAAACACCGACAACGCAGAGAAGCCAAAAGCCGUUGUUGAGGUUGUGCAGACGCAAAAAGGAUCGAAGGGCAAGAAAAGCAAGCAGCAAAAGCAGAAACAGGAGAAGGCAAAAUCCCCAACAGGUGAAGGGGCUGUAUCUCCGAGUGAAGAUUCAAAAUCGGAAAGCACUGCCUACGAAAUUCACGUCCAAACCACCGUGACUGAAGAGACAUUCCAAAUUUCAAGACCAGAAUCCAGCGUGGAAAUUACAGAAAUUGUUGAAGAGACCGUUUCAGCGCCUGAGGAAUCUGCUCCAGUGAAAGUCACCUUAGCAGAAAAUUUAUCACAACCUGUUGUAUUGGAAAUCACCGACAUUACAGAUCCUUUGCAGAUGAGUUUUGCCUCUGUGCCAGUCGUGUCAACCCCAGUAUAUGUUUCUCCAGCAGAUCUUAUACCGACUGAAUCAGAAGUGUCUUUGCAGGAGGUAGAAGAGCUCUUGGAAGCUGCGGAAGCAUCUAAGCAGGUUGCUAAAGUGCCUGUUCAGGCUGCGGAGGUGCCAGUACAGGUUGCAGAAGAGCCGGUGUUGCUUGCAGAGGUGCCUGUGCACGCUGCAAAGGAGCCAAUGCAGACAGCAGAAAAGGCUGUGCUGGUUCCAGAAGUGCAAGUGCAGGCUGCGGAAGAAUCAGCAAAGACUGCAGAGUUGCCUGUGCACGCUGCGGAGCAGCCAAUGCAGGCUGCGGAAAAGCCUCUGCAGGUUGCAGAAGAGCCGCUGUUGGUUGCAGAGGUGCCUGUGCACGCUGCAAAGGAGCCAAUGCAGACAGCAGAAAAGCCUGUGCUGGUUCCAGAAUUGCAAGUGCAGGCUGCGGAAGAAUCAGCAAAGACUGCAGAGUUGCCUGUGCACGCUGCGGAGCAGCCAAUGCAGGCUGCGGAAAAGCCUCUGCAGGCUGCGAAAGAGCCGGUGUUGGUUCCAGAAGUGCACGUGCAGGCCGCGGAAGAGUCCGCGAAGACUGCAGAGUUGUCUGUGCACGCUGCAGAAAAGCCCGUGCCAACUUUGGAGACAGAAGUACGCAUUCAGCCAACAGAAGCUGCAACAUUAGAAGCCAAAACUCAAAUGUCUAAUGUGAUUGCGAAGUGCGCGUACAAGAAACUGUUACCUAAAGAGAGUUGUGCACGCAGAAGGUCCUCUUUGAUUUUAGAGCUGCCUGAAACCAGCACUGAAGAUUGCCGGUCGAUCGUAGCUGAAAAUCUAUCACAUCUGGAAUUGGGUGAAAACCGAGAAAUUCGAAUAGUUACAAUCCUCACUACAGUGUCAACGUGGUUAGAGGUAAUUGAAUACCAGUUGCACACUAUCCAGGAAUUGGGAGAUUCUGCCGACAAAAACUCAGCUCUGGCAACAAUUAAACAAAAUUCCGAUGAAAUCCGGACUGCCCUUGCUACCUUGCACCAAAGUGGCUAUUUGGAAGACGACAGCCAAGGCAUUUUAAUCGAUCAAAUUGAAAUUAAAAAAUGCCUCGAUUCCGUGACCGAGCACCUGUGUGUAGUCGAAGACCUCACUCAGGAGAGCGAGUCCGAUUUGGAAAACUUCAACACCAGCUGGAUGGAGUUGCUAACUUGCAUCGAGCAAGCAAAAUCAAGGUAUGCAGAAGUAGAAUCAAAUAUGCAGGCCCUGCAAAGCAUUAUUGCAAGUGAUGAGCUACUAGCGCACAUAGAAAAUGCACAGCGGGAAAAUCAUGCCCUCUCGCAAGGGUGCAAGAAAAUAAUCCAAAGAGGCAGAUUGCUCAUGAAGCGAUAUCCUCAACUCAUCAUUCCGUUGGACAUUUAUGAGGUCGCCGAGAACUCACGAAAUUUGGGUCACAAACUUGGGGCAGAAAAAGAUAAAGCCAUUCAGAAGAUCGCCAUAACAGACGAGUACAAGAGGACCAUAGACGAGCUGGCCCAAAUAAUUGAAGUGGCGCAGGUGCUGGUCGAAAGUCCGCUUGUGGUGAACGACCGCGAGCAGCUACAGGAAGAAAUGCAGAAACACCGCAAGUUCUUCGCCAACCUGAGCCACUGCCAGCAACUGCUCGAGUCGCUCGACAUGAAACUGGACGAGGAAAGUCGCGGCAGUCAUGCUGAACUGCAUAAAAAUCUGCACUGCAAAGCAUCUCUCAUCUUGGACAACGCGGCUUGCAAAGCGCAGAGGAUGGCGUUGGCGGCCUCCAGGUGGACCUUCCUCGAGCAAGGGCUGAGGGAAGAGAACGAGUGGCUCAAGGUGGCCCUACAAAGGGUCCCUGAGUUGGAUUCUGUAAACUCCACCGACGUUCCGAAGUUCAUCACUCAAUAUCAGGCCCUAGCCGCUGACAUUAGCGCACACAACUGCAGAAUAAUCGAAUUGACCUCCGUUGCCCACUCACUGCAAGAUCUGGUGACCUGCGGGGGUCUUGAGGCCUCAUACAAUGAGCAAGCGGACGCGGUUGGCAAACUGCAAGACAACGUUCAAAAGAAUUUGCAUAAAUUGACUGCCUUCAAACAAAACUGGAACCGGUAUGAAGAUCUCAGUGAAAAAAUCGAAGCAUGGGCUAGGGAGACUGAGAGCACUUUGAAAAAUCUUUCGCACCAAAACAUGAACAACGCUAAUACAAGACAGUUCUGGGAACUCAAGGCGCAAUAUGAGGUGUUCACCCUGGCAAAGAACGAAGCGGCUGCUCAAAUGAACCAAGCGUUUGUUUCUCUGCACGUUGCAGACGAAAUGCUGCAACGACAGUUCCAAGGCCAGCUUGAGGACCGCUGGCAGGUGAUAGGCGAAAAAAUCACCGCAAUCCAGUCUAAAAUGAGGCAAAAUCUGAGCAUUGAAAACUCUGUUCUGGAUAAAAUUCAUUUAAUGGAAACUGAGCUGAAAGAUGUUCACACGUCCAUGAAUGAAAUCACGCAGAAAAUUCAAACCGAGGAGGACAUUUUGCUGUACAUACAACGCCUACAGAUACUCCUCCAGAGGUGCGAGAUUAUGGAAGAGGAGCUGAGCGCCUUGGGACCAGCAUCCCCAGCCCAACUGGAGGAGGUGUCCCGGCUGAUCAAUUCAUCGAGGCGACUUGGCCUGCAGCUUGGCGAGGAAAAAGAGAUGGCCCUGACCCUGAGAGAAAAAUUCUCAGCAUUGGUGAAAGGCUUAGCACAGUCGGCACACAUGCAGGAGCUCAUCGGCAAGAAGCUUGACGGCUGCGAAGAAAAGGAGAAGCAGACCAGUGGGGCCGUCGAUCAAGCCCUCCAUGACUGCAUGCUGAUUGAGUCUGACCUGGCCCUUCAAUGGCAGAAGCUGAUGCAACUGCGCCAGGCGCUGCACAGUCUGCCCCUGAGCCUGAGGGCCUCUGUUAGUCCUGUCGGGGUCGAGCGCGAAAUGUCCAGUCUGCAAUCGAGCCACCUACAACUCGAAGACCGGCUCAAGGACGUGCACAGCCGCUUGAGAGGCAAACAACACGAGUGGCGCGCCUUUGAUAGAAAGCUUGAGUCCGUCCAGCAGAGCGUCCAAGAAACAGACUACAUGAUGGACUUGCUCACCAUCAAGGGUGGUCUCGAUUACGAACAACUCAAAGUGGCCACGGAGAGACUUGAGCGUCUGGUGGGCUCGCUGGGCCCGCGGGAGGAGCUGCUGUCGGAACUUCAGUGUGCUGCGGUGCCGCUGGCGUCGAGCAGCGCGCCAGAAGUGCGGCAGCGAGUGGAGGAGAGCGUUGCCUCGGCGGUCAGUGCGUGGCAUUUAACGAGUGGAAAGGUGCGCUCUUUGUGUUCCCGCUACCAGGACGCCGUACACCUCUGGCAGCGCUACCUUGACGCCAGCGACGCACUCCGAACGUGGUCCCACCAGCACGAAGACCUGCCCGAGGACGCAGACGACCUCAAAGCACUUGCCACCCUUGCCAAGAAAUUGUAUCUAAUCAGUUAG